AAAAGCAUAAAGAAAUGGUUGCUUCCAUCAAGCUUUUGUGUGCACUCUUCUUCUUUUGUCUCCUUUCCAAAGGCAACUGCCAAUGCUCGUUGGGUGACAUUUCAAUCAAGCAAGAAGCAACUGAAAAAAGAGUUGGAGGGCAGCAAGAAUGGUUAGUGACAGUCUCAAACAACUGUGUUUGUUCUCAGUACAAUGUGAAGUUGGAUUGCACUGGAUUUUCCUCAGAGGAGAUUGUUGAUUCAUCAAAGUUAACAAAUACUGGGAAUGAGUGUUUGAUCAACGGUGGUCGGCCAAUCUUCAAAUCAGAUCCCAUCUCCUUCACUUAUGCUUGGGAUCUUAUUUUCCCUUUCAAGCCCCUCUCCUCCCAAGUUGCUUGUUCUUAAUUUCCUCUUUUUUCUUUUUUUCUAUUUACAAUUACUAAAAUACCCCCACAGUUUGUAUUAUGGUUUUGUUUCUUAGGUUUGUGAUAUGUAUUGCAUAUGCAACCACAUGAAAUAUAUCAAGUCUUAA